GCGAAAUAAGCAGUCACACGAGCAGAAAAGCACAGGAAGCGAAAAUAGUCUUGGAGAGGAGUGGAAGGGAGCUAGCGUCUCGCUUGGCUUGCAACGCCGCGCCUCUCGAUUAUUCGCAAACAACAUAGCAUGUCUUGGUCAGGUCAUGUCUUCCCCACCCUCCUUUCACUACAACGACCACCCCUCGCCUCCUAAGAUUAUUCGCACUCUCGAGGGUGCUACUACUAAUAUCGAGAGAAGUAAUUUAAACGAUAACGACGACGACAUGGCUUGGUUUACGAUUCGGAGUAACCAAGGAUUCGCGCCGCCACCACGCUCAAAGAUGUCGCGGAAACGACGAUUAGCACUCUUGAGGAGUUAUCUCCCUGAUUGGAUUCUUUGCAUCGUACUUGCUGCGGUGUUCUUCUCGUUAGAUAAGGUACCCGGGUUUAGACGGGAGUUCUCUAUUGAGGAUCCUACGUUACGAUUCCCCUUUGCCGUACAUGAACGAGUACCUCCAAUAGCGCUUUACUUCAUAGCCAUCGUCGCACCAUUCGUAAUACAGAUUAUAGUUAACGUAAUAACCAUCCGAUCAUUAUGGGACUUUCAUAACGGUACACUUGGUCUGCUGCUCGGAUUAACUCUUACGGGAGCUAUAACUCAAUUUACGAAAAUUACUGUUGGUCGACCUCGUCCAGACGUUAUUUCGAGGUGUCAGCCACCCUCUGGAAUAGUCAAUCCGGAGUACGGGCUCGUAUCGAGUGCGAUCUGUACUCAGACGGACGUAGGUAUUUUGCGUGACGGAUGGAGGAGUUUUCCAAGUGGACAUUCAAGUCUGUCGUUCGCUGGACUAGGUUUCCUGUCAUUUUAUUUGGCUGGGAAGUUACAUCUCUUUGACGAGAAUGGCCAUACCACAAAAGCAUGGAUCUCGUUAACUCCCCUUUCCGGAGCUGCACUCGUGGCCAUCUCACGAACGAUGGACUAUCGCCACCAUUGGCAAGACGUCCUCGUAGGCUCGAUCCUAGGACUCGUUAUGUCUUUCUUCGCAUACAGACAAUACUACCCUCCGCUCGGCUCACCACGCGCACAUAAGCCCUUCUCUCCACGUAUCAAACGCGAACGCACUGCAGAUGAGAACGAGAGUACUCCGUCAGACGAGUCGAAUGCACCUAUUUUGCCUACGCUUCGACCUGGAUUUAGCGGUGGUAGUUUGAGGGGGAGUAAGGACAAUAUAGGAGGAGGUACGGGAGCGGGAGUGGGAAGGAAUAGUGAGGAAGUGUUGACCCACCCUGCUGUUCCGCAUAUGCAUAUUAUGCACGGCGAACAUAUGCGCGGACCAUCGGAUUCGUAUACGCAGUAUGGGAUGUAUCGUGACGAUGAGGGCGUUGAGGAUUUACAGCAACAACAGCAACGAGCGAACCUCCCGAACCCAGGAGGGCUGGACGAACAAGGUAAGGGAAGACAUAUGAGAGAUGUUUCGGACGACGUGGAGAUGGGUGGGGUUGGAAUGCGAUGAUCUUGGGCGCUCCUCUUUUCCGUUUGAUAGAACCAUACAUUUUGUUUGCUUGCUUGGCACCUGGAAAAUACAUAGGUAUUAAU